GGGCACGGGUACUACUGCGAUCCCUACUCUCAUCGCCUUCAUGUUCUUCGUUAUACUUGCGCCUCUUCCUCAAAGUACCCCCUUUUCCCUUUCUCUUCUCCUCUCACCCGAAUUCAUGGCUCCAAAGAAGGAUAAGGCUCCUCCACCAUCUUCUAAACCCGCCAAAUCUGGUGGUGGCAAGCAGAAGAAGAAGAAGUGGAGCAAGGGAAAGCAAAAGGAGAAGGUGAACAACCAGGUGCUGUUUGAUCAGGGUACUUAUGACAAGCUCCUCUCUGAAGCUCCCAAAUUCAAGCUCAUCACUCCUUCCAUUCUCUCUGAUCGUUUGAGGAUUAAUGGAUCACUUGCAAGGAGGGCUAUAAGAGAGUUGAUGGCUAGAGGUUCAGUUAGACUGGUUUCCGCUCACGCGAGUCAGCAGAUUUACACUAGAGCAACAAACACCUAGAUAUAGUUCUUGCAAGAUUGAUGAAAUAUCUUUCUUUCAAUUUGAGAUGUGCACUUCAGGCUAGAAUGUUUCAGUACUACACUAUUUAUGAAUUUGUGUGGAGAAUCUUUUUGUUCCCUAGAUAAUGCAUUUGCCUUCUUUCUAUGUUUUAUCA